AUGCCAUCGUGUUGGGUUCUCAAUGAUCAUUUCUUCUCGCUAGAAGACGUCCAGUUGGCAAGCUUGAUUCCGAAUAUCAAGGAUCCAGAGCUUGACGCCCUUGAAACCCCCACGCCAUUGACACCGAAGGACUAUACCGUUAAGGUAGUACGUGAUUAUUCCGCCUUCCUACAGCGUCAUAUGAACGCGAGGGUGCAAGCAUUUCUCUCUCAUGUUGCACAAUUAUCCAUUGGGCGCACGGGGUCUUCUGAUUUACGUCUUUCUGCACGUUUAGGCCGGAUCUACACGCUCAGGAAACCUACGGCCGUGUUUAACACGUUAUGCAAAGAAGAGAAAGUUCGGGAAUGGCUUCAAGAGCAGAUUGAGAGCGGCUCGAAUGUAUAUCUUGUGAUUGGCCUUCGCACGCUUUUCGAUACGAGCACCGAGGGAGGUGCUCGACUUGCACAACAUUAUGCAGGCCAGUUUUCAUUGCCUGUAGAGGAGUUUGCGGCUGGGAUGCCAAUUGGUAAUGUGGGGGCCUCUGGCAGGUACGAACAAGGGCGGGAAGCCACGAAUCGCUACGUGGCUCCUGGAGAGCAGAUCUUUGGUAUCCGGGUGAAGAAACUUACAUUCAAAUUUUUUGAAGCUCGCGAAGUCGACAGGAUGCGUUUGGCGAGGAAUAGUGUCUGGAUGAUGGCUGAUCGCAGCCGGGCCGCCUCUCACAAGGAUUCGGAAAUUGUUGAAGCUGGGUUGGAGGGUGAAGAAUCUGAAGACCAGGACGAGGACAAUUCCGCUCAAGAAGACAACAAUACGGAUUUUGUUAUCAUUGAGAGUGGAAAAUAG